CAUUGGCUGAUGUAUAUCCACGUGAGCGGAACGAAUGGCCAGCGCCUAAAUUCAAAUUGUUGUAUAAACUGAUUUAGAAAUAAGAUUCAUUAUUUUUUAAAAUAAUCGCGUAGAAUUUUGAAAAUAAUUUAUUUUAAGCGGAGCGAUUUAGCUGAAUUUGUCAGGUUUGGGGUACUCAAAAGGGAAUUUAAUUAAUAUGAAGAAGAACAGCCCCUCUGUGCUAUUCAGUGUGGAGAGUGUCUGACCAGGAUGAGAGACAGCCCCAGAAGGCCCUUAAUCCUAAAGAGGAGGAAGCUCUCUUUGCCCCAAAAGGAGGACACAUCUAGGGAUGAACCAGAUAGGGGACAGAAGGGAACGAGCUGUUCCAGCAGCCAGAGAUUUCCAGAUGGGAUCCGGAUCUUGGACCACCCCUCUAUGCCCAACACACAGGUGGUGGUCAUCCCCAAAACUGCAGACCUCCAGAGCAUCAUCGGGGCCCUAACUGCCAAAGGGAAGGAGUGUGGCUCCCAGGGCCCAAACAAGUUCAUCCUACUCAGCAGUGGAGGGGGAGCAGGAGAGGGCCCUGGCUCCCCCAGACGUGACCAUGCUCUCCAGCCCAAGAGGGAACCGAAUUCGACUUCCAGUCACUCUAUUGGAGUGUCUGAUCACGUUGAGGCUUCCAAAGCAGUGUUAGAUGCCUUGCAAGGCGUAUUUGUGGAACCAAAACCUCUUGAAGAAAUUAAACCUGCAAAUAAGGAUCUUGAUUGCUCUCCUCUGGAUGACAGUCUGACAAAUAUCCAAUGGCUCGGGAGGAUGAGUACAGACAGCUUGGGACCUUGCGCUGUUAAGACUGAGGCAGAUAAAGAAAACCUGGACAUCAACAUACAGGCGAUCCAUGGAAAUGAUGAAGACAAUGCAGGGCCUUCUUCCUCAAAAGACCCCCUCUCUGAGAGACCACCCUACUCCUACAUGGCUAUGAUCCAGUUUGCUAUUAACAGCAAAAAGACUAAGCGGAUGACUCUGAAAGAAAUCUACACCUGGAUUGAAGACCAUUUCCUUUACUUCAGACACAUAGCCAAGCCUGGCUGGAAGAAUUCAAUCCGCCACAACCUCUCACUUCACGACAUGUUUAUACGAGAGACCUCUCCAGAUGGAAAGAUCUCCUAUUGGACGAUUCGUCCCGAAGCUAACCGCUGUUUGACGCUGGAUCAAGUUUACAAGCCAGUGGACCCCACUGCACAAUCUGCAGUAAUGACCAAGCAGGUCUGCGAACAACAUCAGAAACAUGCUGUACUUGAACUGAAAAAAACUGUGCCUGCAAGUAUCUCAGAGAGAAAGAUGAAACCCCUCCUUCCUCGAACAGACUCCUACUUGGUCCCUAUUCAGCUGCCACUUACCCCUCCACUCAUCCUGCCCUCAGCCACACAGCUCCCCAUACUGGCCAUUGAGAGGAAAUGUACUACCAGCAGUCUGGGUUGGACCCGCAUCGCUCCCAAGGAGGGUUCCGAAAUAAUUCGUACCAACAGGAAAUUUAUGGUAACAAGUAAGCCUGAUGAUCCACCCCAGCCAGAACCUAGGCCUUCAAACUGGGGCUGUCCCGCCCUGGAGACCCCUUCUGUCUGGCAGUCCAGGGAGAGGAAGGAGACGAGCAGCUCCAGGAGGAAGCAGUGCCUCGUCCUCCCAUGCACCGAGGAGCCUGUCAUUUUCUUCCCAGAGAGCAGCAUUUUUGAUUCAGGGAUGGUUUCUGACCUCUCCACCUUACAGGACACCAGAGAGCCUGAGCUAGAUAGCCCUGGGAAGGGUUCCUCUUUUAAAACUCCCAUCAAGAGCAGUCUCCCAACCUCCUCCUCAACCCCAAGCAAGCCUGUUCCGGACGAGCCACCAAUUCUGCCUGCACUACUGCUGCAGGAGCUAUGGAGAACCACUCCUUUGAAGAAAGGGGGUGCAAACGUGCUUGAUUUCAGCCCCAUCCGCACCCCCCGUGGGGUCCCUCUUACCCCCUUGCGAGAGGACCCGGCCCCUUUUAACUUCAGCAGCACCCCGUUCAAGGAGAUGCCACUUUUUGAUUCUCCACGGGAGCUGCUGAACAGCCGUUCCCCCACUCGGCUCACUUUGCCCCACUCAAGCUCUCCCAUCUCCGUGUCCGACAGGCCCAAGAGAUGUUCACGUGAGCUUCAGGUCGCAACCCCAGUGGCAAACCGCUCUGUGACUGAAGGUCUGGUCCUAGACACCAUGAACGAUAGCCUUAGCAAGAUCCUGGUGGACAUUAGUUUCACCGGGCUGGAGGAUGAGGAGCUAGGCAUGGGCAACAUCAGCUGGUCCCAGUUAAUCCCAGAACUAAAGUGAUUCCCACCCCUUGACUUUGGACACCCCUUCUAUCUUCUUUUCCCACUUCUCCAAAAAGGAAAUUACUUUGAAACUAGUAUAAGGUAGACUCACUGUGGUAUAUUGUUUUUUAUUAAUCUGUUGCUCACUGCAAAAUAGUUCUGUGUUGGAUUUUGAUGCGCCUUAGUAUGGAGUUUGGUGGAUUUUCUGAAACUGUUCUCUACUGCUCCUGUUCUAGGCACUUCGUAAGAUUUAUGCAAACCAUAAUCUUGCACCUAUAAGUACCUGUCUUCUCAUUACUUUUUUUAUUUUUAACAAUUGCAGUGCAUUUGCAGGAGACCAACUGAAAAGGAAAUGUACUACUGGUUUGAAAAAACAAAAACGCCACACAAUUCUGCACAAACAAGUCACUGCCUUUUCCUGUUUCAUAAUUUUCUUAUGUAAAUAUAAUUAUUUCAUUUCUUAAUUUGCACAUUCUGUAUAUUUUUAUUGAUCAAAAUAGAUUUCAAAAACUAAUAAAAUGCUAUUCUGUAUACUUUUUGUAAGACACUACCAUGCUGAGUUGAUAUAGAAUAACCUUUUGUAUAUCUGGGAUUAGACUCCUUCCUCUAGAACCACCCUUCUAAUUCUAGCUAAAACAUUGUUCAAUGCAUUUUCUCUGCCAUGCACAUCCAUUCAUUAUACGUGUCUCAAAUUUACAGCAAAAAUGGAUUUUCAUUUUCAAACAUGAAAUCUGGUUCUACACCAGGUUAAAGAAAGCUCUUUGCAAAUCAUGCUUUUGUCAUUUCACCUUAAUUGUGAAAUUGUCCCCACCCCCUUUCACUGCUUCUUUCCUGUCAACAACCAAUCAACUGCUUUCCAUAUUGACUGACAUGCUUUCAGCCAGUAACAUGCUUUCAGCAGUAACAUGCUUUCAGCAGUAACAUGCUUUUUACCCAGAAGACACUGAUGGAGUGAAGUGAUCAAAGAAGUAAAGCAGUAACAGACUGUCUAGAAGACAAGGCAAGCAAACAGAACUCUUUAACCUAGUGUCAUACAAGAUGCCAUGUUUUAAAAUGAUGUUUCUUUCAAACCUGCACAUGAGACUUAUGAACCUAAUGGAGGUGCAAAAUGGGUAAGAUGUAUGGAAUUAUUUUGUUAGCUGCAAUUACUUUAAGUUGUUGGUUUGCUGUAACCUGACUCUAAAGUAAUUGCUUCUGCUCAACAAGACUGUUGUGUAGGCUUGCUGGUAUGAAGAGAAUAUAUUUUUUAUAUGUAUAGAAAGCUUUGCUGGGAGAAACUGUUCGUCGUAUCUUUUCAGUUAUGUUAUCUUUUAAGGAGAACUGAAAUCCAUGCAAAACAACAAUGUUGUACAAAUUAUGAACCCUGUAUAUGUAUUUGUGUGUGUGUGUGUAUAUAUAAUAUGAGAAUACAUUACUUACUGGUUUUUCCUUGUGCUGUAGAUUGUAUAGAUGCAUUUUACCAUUUGGUGGAGUUUAUAGGUCAAUUUGAGGUAGUCUCCAAGCAGCCUGAAGAAAUUAUCUGCCCUAGUACACAAGCAGUUUUAUUUUAAAACCACGUUAGAAAGGCAAGUCAAGAAAGUAACAUUCACUUAAGUAGAUUUUUGUCUGUUCUAUUGUACCCCGCAUCUGCCUGCUGAGAGUGCCACCAAUAUGUCUCAAGUAUUUAGGAACAGUGUAAUAUGAAUAGAACACUGUGUUUUAACAUAUUUUGAAAUAUCAUGUGAAGAGAUUUUGUAUAAUAUGAAAUAUUAUAAAAAAAAAUACUGCCAGUCUUUGCGUGUGCAUGUCUGAUGUGUGUGAUGAAUGCCUGCACCCUGUGUGUGUUAAUUGUACAAAUGUUAUCCGAGGUUAGAAAGUUUAGAAUUGUGCUUAAUGAAAACCAAUGUCAAAAAUCCUCCUGUUGAAUGCAAAUAUUGGUCUUGUUUACAGUAGCAUGUUCAGUAUUUUUUGUAUUUAUAUGUUGUACACCUGUAGUAGUGUUAUAUACACAUGUUGUAGAAUACAAUUCAGAACAGGUUUUUCUUAAAAUUGAAGAAAUUCAAUAGAAUUGAACACCCCUAGUGUGUGUGUGUGUGUGUGUGAUAUGGCAUUCAGAAGUCCAGCGAUCCGUUUUGGAAAACGGUUGCAAAAUAGUAAUUCUCAGCAGGUACCUAAAAAAAUAGGGUCAGUUUUCAUUAAAGUAGUUCUAGAUCUGUAACUUUUAAUAUGUUUGUUGAGUUACUGGUUGUAAAUAUUGUGAAUACAUUUCUAUGUACUCCAAAGGGGAAUUGUAUCCAGCAGAAAUGGCAGUAAAAAUAAAAUGCAUGCAUUGCUUUUCUUUGGAAUAGUCCCGAGAGCCAGAAAGGGAAAAUAACAGCACAAAACAAUAAGACUGUAUUGAGUGUACAUAAUAACCUGUUCGAUGACUCUUGGAUAACUAAGUUAUAAAAUGUAGGUGUCCUUUAACUUGCACUGGUUAAGUUUCAUACUAUUUCACAUUGAUUUGAUCACCCACAUUCUUCUGUCCAAUUUAGCGUGGCACAUGUGUCUGUACUGUCAUAUAAUAAAUAUAUUCUAAAAAUACUAAUUGGCAGAAAUGUAUUGUCAUGUUUGUUUUUGUGGUUAUUUUACAGCCAGGUGCUGAAGUUUGUAUCCUUUUUAAAGUCAUUGUAGUUAAAUAGUUUUCACUGUUAUGCACAUCUAUUGAUUUAUAAAAACAUGUAUUUAUUUUAAAACAAGGUUAAAGCCAUG